AUGUUUGCGCACUUGGUUAAUCAUGUCUUUCCGCCUUCAGCUCACACAUAUCUAUCUUCACGCACCUUCUUUGCAUGCCAUGUUCGUGCACUAACUGCUGAAGCUUACAGAAGCUUGAGUCCAGAAGCGCAGCGCGAAUAUCAGGAAAAAUACAGCCAAUACUACAGAGGUCGAUAUAACAAUGAUCCUGCUUAUCGCGAGGCCGAGAAACUCCGGAAAAAGUUGUCAUAUUCGGCGCAAAAAAAUGACCCCAACGUUGUCAGACGAUAUAAACUCCACAAUUGGGUUCAUGGACAUCCACACGUGUGCGAGGACCUACCCUGGAAAACUCAUCGACCGGUUCUUUACAACAUGAUGACCGAACAUUAUUGCUAUGGCUGUGAUGUGACGAGAAUACACGGCCAGAGACUUUGGUGGUCUUUGAUAGGGAAUCGAGAGGACUCACAGAGCUGGUUGUGCCAUGGUUGUUAUGCCAGAUCUGGCUGGACCGACAUCAUGCCAAAAGGCUAUGAAGAUAUCAGAACUUGGAAAGAUUUGGCAAAGCGAAAGAGACAGCUCGAUCAGGUCAGGUCCGAAGGACAAAUCUGA